CUUCCUUCUCCCCUCCCAUUUGCAUUUAUUGUCACUUCCUGAUUCCUUGCAUGUGGUUUUGAAAGAAACGUUGGACACGGCAACAUGUCUCAAGAAGAUUUCAAUCAGGCCGCGGAGCUGGUGAAGAAGCUGAAAACACAGCCUGACAAUACCGAACUUCUGCAGAUCUAUUCAUUGUACAAGCAAGCCACAGUGGGGGAUGUGAACACAAGCCGUCCAGGAAUGUUAGACUUCGCAGGGAAGUCUAAAUGGGAUGCCUGGGAAACCAAGAAAGGGAUGAGCAAAGAAGAUGCUAUGAAGGCCUACAUUGCCUUGGUAGAGGAGAUGAAGACCAAGUAUGGGUUGGCCGAAUGAAUGAAAGCUGUCCGCCUACGCCACCAUGGUCCCUCCGGUGCGCCACAUCAAGGGCUAGAUUUUAUUGAAGAAGUCUUGCAUUUCAAAAACACAAGACUCCUCAGGUAGCCAUGUAGAUUCUGAUAAUUCAGACUAAAAUAGCAAUUGCAAUUUACCGGUAUCUAUCAGUUUAUUUGUAAUCAUGAAGUUAUCACAAUGCCAGUCUAAAAUCGGAUACAUUGGUGCUUUACUUUGCUUUGUGCAUCAAUGUGUGUAUUGUGCAUCUGUAUGUUUUUAAUGCUGGCUUACUUUGACAUUGCGAAAGAACUUAACUUGGUUAGUCAAGAGGGCUCUAACGGUAGUCUAAAAGAGAAGCCACAUUGUUCCAUCACAACAUCAGUUUAUUCUGGUCACAGAACGGUCACAAAACCCCAUUGUUUAACAGCAUGCACAUUUUUCUGAAUGACUUGCGCUAUCAACAACGUAGGUUUCGUAUAGUGCCUAAACUGAGGAAUGAAAAAAUGGGGCAAAAAAACAGGCAAAUUGUGAGUGUCCCCAUGUGAUUUCUCUUUUGUAUUACAUCAGUGAGAUGACACUAAGUAAGAGCUCUGCUUUGACAUUUUUAUACAUUCCAACAUGUCAACAUUCAGUGCCUGAGAGUCUCACCUUUUAGAAUAUAAUAAUCAAAAGUGUAAGCAAUAGGCCUAUACAAUCACAAACAUGCUAAAUUUUUUUCUUUUAUUGUUGCUAAUACUUAAGCUGUACUUAAAAACAAUUAACAAAAUGCCAUCGAACAAAAUGUGAUGCCUAGAAAAUGUGAUUUAUGUAAUAUUGAAAUAGUUCGAAUAAAAUGCAUGGCUCUGUCUCUUGACAAAAUUUCACUUUGUGAAAGUGGGUGUGGAGAUGUCUGAAUUUGUAGGCAAUAAAAGACUGGUUCUCCAA